UCAUUAUCCUUCCGAGCGACAACGAGCUCCGCGUGCUGCGUAUUUUUUCACACUCCGUUCUAGGUGCUUGAAAAGGGUUCGAAACAGCGAAGAGGCCGAAGCAUAAGAUGGGGAAAAAGAAGUGUGGCGGCGGUGGAACCGGGUUGGGGAGGACUUUGAUAAAGGAGAGACUCCAAGCUGGUCGCGGUGGCAGACGGGCAGAUUCCUGGCUACACACGAGCGAGCUGCAGGAUGACUCCGACUGGGCCCGUCUGAACUUGCAGUCGGUUACAGAGCAGAGCUCUCUGGACGAGUUCCUGAGCACAGCCGCGCUCGCAGGCACCGAGUUCGCCGCAGAAAAGCUCAACAUCAAGUUUGUAGCAGCCGAAGCCCGGGCAGGACUGCUGAGCGCGGAGGAGAAGGAGAGGCUGCAGAACCUGCACGAGGAAAACAAGCGCUUCCUCAGGAUACCAAGGAGGCCACACUGGGAUGACGGCACCACCCCGGAAGCCCUUCAGCAGGCUGAACGGGACACCUUCUUGACAUGGAGACGCGAACUGGCACGGCUCGAAGAGGAGCAGAAGCUGAUUCUUACCCCCUAUGAACGGAAUCUUGAUUUUUGGAGACAGCUGUGGAGAGUUAUUGAGAGGAGCGAUGUUGUGGUUCAGAUUGUUGAUGCCAGGAACCCCUUGCUGUUUCGCUGCCCAGACUUAGAAAGCUACGUAAAGGAGGUGUCUCCAGACAAAGAGAACAUGCUUUUGCUGAACAAGGCUGACCUGCUGACCAGGGAGCAGCGUCACAUUUGGGCCAAGCACUUUGAGAGGGAGGGCAUCAGAGCUGCAUUCUGGUCGGCCCUGGCAGAGAACAAACGGCUGGAAGCGGAGGACAAGGGUGAGGAGCAGGAGGGGUACGAGGAUGAGCUGGAUGACAGCGAGGAGGAGACACCUCCAGACAAAGAGGUGACUGGCCAUUUCACUGUGGGGGAUGAGCAGCAGCAGGAGGAAGAGGGGGACGAUGCAUUGGAAGAAGGGGACGAGUUUGAGUCCUGCGUGGAUGAGGAGGACUGGCAGACGUGCUCUGAAGGAUCGGAUGGCGAGGAGGCAGAGAAAGAUGGCUCCUCACCUGCUGUCUUCCACAAUACAAGUCGCCUGCUGCGCAGAGACGAGCUGCUGAACGUGUUCAGGGCAGCACACACGGGACGCACGUUGAAAGAGGGCCAAAUCACCGUGGGACUGGUGGGGUAUCCUAACGUUGGGAAAAGUUCCACCAUCAACACUAUCCUUAGGAAUAAGAAAGUUUCAGUUUCAGCUACUCCUGGACACACUAAGCACUUUCAGACUUUGUUUGUGGAACCAGGCUUGUGUCUGUGCGACUGCCCUGGCUUGGUCAUGCCAUCCUUCGUGUCCACUAAAGCUGAGAUGAUCUGCAAUGGGAUAUUACCCAUCGACCAGAUGAGGGAUCAUGUGCCUGCAGUGUCUUUAGUGUGCCAGACUAUUCCUCGACAAAUGCUCGAGGGCACCUAUGGCAUUAACAUCAUCCGGCCACGGGAGGACGAGGACCCCGAGAGGCCUCCCACUGCAGAGGAGCUACUCAUGGCCUAUGGAUAUAUGAGGGGCUUCAUGACUGCCCAUGGACAACCUGACCAGUCUAGAUCAGCUCGCUACAUACUGAAGGAUUAUGUCAGUGGUAAACUCCCGUACUGCCACCCUCCACCACACAUUGAUGCCAAAGAUUUCCAGCCUCAACACAGCAAGUUUAAAAACCAGGAAGGAAAUGUGGGGCAAGAGUUCUCCAAAACAGUAAAUAAACAACACAAGGUUAAGAAGAUUGAGAAUGUGGUAGACAAACACUUUUUCCAUCAGGAGAACGUUCGGGCGCUGACCAAGGGUGUCCAGUCGGUCAUGGGCUACAAGCCAGGAAGUGGCCCGGCACCACAGGAGAGGUCUGGCCCUGAACAGCCAGCGGGGAAGCCCUGGAAGAAGCAUGGCAACAGGAACAAAAAGGAGAAGGUCCGAAGGCUCACCAAACAUCUUGACGCAUAGUGGGACCGCAAGAACCUGUGUACUUACUGGACUUAGAGGCUGGAGAGGGAAGCAGUGCUCAGCAAGGAGAACACAAUAAAAGAGGACAGUUUUUUCUGCAUUGAAUGUAUUUUGACUUUUCUUGUUCCCAGUUUUUUUCUUAUAUACCUUAUAUUUUUUUGUAAAUGUAAUGUGCUAACAUGUACAGUAAAAAAAAAAUGAAUAUUUUGUAAUUUCCAGAGGCAACAUCAACUGCUGUAAAAUAUAAAACUAGAAGCUUGUGGUUCUUUGCAGUCAAAUUAUCGAAAGGACGGAGGUUCGCAUUAUCCAUCACAGAAAAGGAAUCAACUGUAGCAGGUGGUACAUGGAGAGGUGGCAUUUGAACAUUUCUAAUGAGCACAUAGAGACAGCUGGUAGUGUAGCGGUGAAAGCUGCUGCCUUUGGAUCCAAAGGUUGU